AUGGCCUCCCCCUUGUCGUUCAUCUUCCAGCAGGAGGCUGGCACGUACUUGAGCUAUGAGGACCUCAGCCAGUUUCGAAGUGCCAUCAUUUUCGCUCAGGAUUUGGGCUUGCACAAGUUCACCGAGCAUUAUGCAAUGGGGAUGCCUCUUUGGAUACCUUCAAGAGAAUUGGCAUACAGGCUCCAGAUGUUCGUUCCCUGGGGCAUGGUUGCCUAUUCAGGAAGCUGGCGCCAUAGAGGUCCAAGCCAGGAGGACGAGGAGCGCGGUCCCUGGUGGCACCCUCCGAGGCAGAUCUCAGAGAUCGGCCCAAGUGCUGAGCAGGGCUUUGCCUUCCCACCGUUCUUCAACUCGCAGACUGCUCCAUACCCUCUGGCCGCGACGGCCUACUGGUAUGAGUUCAGCGAAUUUGUGUCAUAUCCGGGCCUCCAGGAGUUCAGCUCCAUGGUCGAGCUUCUCGAGACAUUGCGAGAUGCAGAGCUGUUGGAGAUAUCCAAAAUCAUGAGGCGUUUCCGCGCCCAGCUGUGGAAAACCACGCGAGAAGUCUAUGCAGCAGCGGGGAAUCUCAGGUACAUCAAAGAUCCAGACGCCUACAUCGCGGAGCAGGUCAAGCUCCACGGGCCAAUCUUUCAGACCAACUACUUCGGCCGCAAGACGGUGAUCGUGGGCGGCCCGGAGACCUGGCGAAGACGUGAGGAGCUGGUGAAAGAGUUUAUUGAUGCUGAGAAAGUGAUCACCAAGUCAGCCUUGCCCAACACCUUCUCUCAGCUGCACACAGAGUAUGGCACCAUGAACCAGGCAGGGCGCCGCGGUGCGGAGGGAAGCUGUGAUGAAGCUAUGCAAGCAUUUCUUCCGGCCAUUGAGCAACGAUGCCAUGAAUUCGUGGAACAUGUGGCAAAGAGGAAGAAGAUCGCCCUAGCGAAAGAGCUCAAGGAGUCGCCCAAUCCUGUGGACUGCAUCAGCAUCCGGACCAAUGACAUCAUCCAAAACUAUGACCUCCCAUGGAGGACCGCGCUGAUCAUCUCACGGGGUCGUUAUUACGCCAUCCUUGUGUACCGACUGGCUGAUGAUGGACAAGCCCCGGCGCGCCUGCCGCAAGACGGGGUCUGGCGACGCCCCGUGAGGCGGAUGAGCGUGGAAAGCUCCAAGAGCUUUUCGCGCAAGAGCCGGGACAUCGGUCCCAACAGGCUGUCAGACCAAAAAUUUCGCCACUUGAGGGCGCUGAAGCGCCGGCAUCAUUUGAACGACGCGGCCUUGCCGGGGGCGCGCAACGCAGGCAGCUCGUGCCCGGUGUACGGUCGCCUUGCAGCAGAACAUGGGGAGGGCUCCGAUGAGUUUUUGCGAUCCAUGCUGGGUGAGGGACCGUUUCGUCCACAGUCCAGGACUGGAGUGUGCUGCUUUUCUCCGAACUCUUCUGCGGUGAAGCCUUUGAUGCGAAAGACCUGGAUCUGCCUCCUGCCCUUCAAGCUGCCUUUCACGGCCUUCGGGCGUGGCUUCAAAGCCAAGGAUAAGCUGGUGCAGCUCUUGAUGGAGAAGAUCGAAGCCUUGAAGGCUAGCGGAGACAUGGAGAAGCCUCAAUAUGCCGCCCAGCAGCAUGAUGUGGCACAAGAGCCCACGGCGGAAAAGACCAAUGGCGGUCGGGCAGUGCUGCGCCGUUUGAGCAACUCCAAAGAUGAGAACGGUCAAACCUGGAGCACUGAACAUACGGCUCACUCAGCAGUGAUCUCAGUUUGGGGUGCCUAUGUCGAGGUGGCCUCCCUCCUCUCCAAUGCCAUUCGCUUGUUAUCCCUCCACAAGGCGGCACUUGCACGGGCGGCGCAGGAGGCGAUGGAGAGCAAAAGCCAAACUGAGUAUUUGCAGGCGAUCCUGGACGAGAGCCUCCGUCUUUUGCCACCGGCAGGGGGCGGCUUUCGGCUAGCUGAGGAGGAUCUGAACAUAGGCGGCUACCGGGUGCCCAAAGGCUUCGUGGUGUCCGCGGACCCGCGGAUCUCCAACCGAGACCCCGAACUCCAUGCAGACUCCGAUAGUUUCAAGCCCGAGCGAUUUCUGGAGAGGCCGACGCGGCAAAUGCCCCAGGGCAGCUGGUUCCCCGGGGGCAUCGGCCUGCACGGCUGUCCGGGCAUUCCUUUGGCCAUGCUAGUUUCCAAGGUCUUCUUGGGCACCUGGUUACGGCGGUUUAAGGAGUGGCGUGCGGUGAGCAGCAAGGUGCGCUGUUUGGUGAUGCCUUUAAUAGCGCAGCGUGUUUCUGCGGAUCUUGGGACUUAG